ACGACGGUCACACCGCCAUUGGGCGAAAAAAAAACAUUCGUGAAUUCACCGUCGUCGAACGAACGCUGUAUUUUUUUCCAGUGCAAUAUUCGGUCGAUGUAUAACGAGUGAUUGAAUUAAAGUAGUCCCUUUACAAAAAGUAAUAGUAAAUAAUUAAAAAUAAAGUCAUACAGAACAGUAUAGUGGUAGAGAGAGGGCGAGGGUAAAAAAUUGCUGCUGCUGAGGUGUGUGCAAUUGCCUGUGCGUGUGUGUGUGUUUGUGUGACGUUUACAGCAGCAAAAAGUUCGGUAGUGUCGUCAAAAUUGUCGCGUAAAGUUAAUGCAAACGAUUCUCGAUCGGAUACGAGUUCAUCGCGACACAUUGAUUUGGUUGGAUGUGGAAAAGCCUAGCUGAUUGAAAACGAAUCGCGGAUAAAAAAACGAUAAACAACGGCAAUUUGUUGCUGCCGCAACAUCAACAACAGCAGCGCAGCAGCGCACUAACACAACCACCACCACCCCCUGUUCCAGCCUAACGGUUCAUUCACAGUGGCCGAAGAAGCAGCAGCAAAGUUUGCGAAACUAGGAGCACCAUGUGGCGGUUUUAGAGAAGCAGCAAAGAACUAUUAACCACGAUUCGGGAUUAGGAACAGGAGCAGUGUCAGGAGCACUACAGAUUGCAGCAAUCGAAGUCGAGGAAAAAGGGUGUUCCAGGGACGCAAGAUAGUGAAAGAGGGGAGUAUAGACUGAGAUCAAAGAUCGGAGAACGUCGUUCUGUGUCAGAAGAUGACCCUGACCACAACGACCACUGCCUCAUCAGCCGAGAGCCAAGCGAAAAUGGACGUCAAGGGCGGCGCACUUCCCGGCGAAGAGAACCUGCCCACCUCCGAGAUGGAUCUGCUGGCCAAGCUGGAGGCGGCCAACAAGCUCAUCGAGAGCGAUGCCAAGUCCCUCAACUCACUGCACUCCACGCACAGUCGCAAGAACUCGGACACGAGUCAGAUCAGCCUCUCAUCGAGUGGAAAUUCGGUGGCCGAAGAGGACAUCUGGACGACGUGGGCCACCAUCCUCAAUGACUGGGAGGGAGCACUGAAACGAAAGAAUCCCUGCGUCAGUGAGCUGGUGCGUCGUGGAAUUCCACACCACUUCCGAGCGAUCGUGUGGCAGCAGCUGAGUGGAGCGUCCGAGGGCGACAAGAAGCAGUAUGCGGAGUACAUCAAGGCGACCAGUGCCUGCGAGAAGGUCAUACGGCGGGACAUUGCCCGCACCUAUCCCGAGGUGGAGUUCUUCAAGGAGAAGGAUGGACCCGGACAGGAGGCCCUGUUCAAUGUGAUCAAAGCGUAUUCCCUGCACGAUCGCGAGGUGGGCUACUGCCAGGGCUCGGGAUUCAUUGUGGGCCUGCUGCUGAUGCAAAUGCCCGAGGAGGAGGCUUUCGCUGUGCUCGUCCAGAUCAUGCAGCAGCAUCGGAUGCGGCACAUGUUCAAGCCCUCCAUGUCGGAGUUGGGCUUGUGCAUGUACCAGCUGGAGAAUCUGGUGCAGGAGCAAAUACCCGACAUGCACAUUCACUUCCAGCAGCAGGGCUUCCAGACGACCAUGUACGCCUCCAGUUGGUUCCUCACCCUAUACACGACCACUCUGAAUGUCAAUCUAAGUUGUCGCAUCAUGGACGUCUUCCUCAGCGAGGGCAUGGAGUUCAUCUUCAAGGUGGCCUUGGCCCUGCUGCUCACCGGCAAGGAAACGUUGCUCUGCCUGGACAUGGAGGCCAUGCUUAAGUUCUUCCAAAAGGAGCUGCCCGGUCGCGUGGAGGCGGAUGUCGAGGGCUUCUUCAGUCUAGCGUACUCCAUAAAGCUGAAUACCAAGCGUAUGAAGAAGAUGGAGAAGGAGUACCAGGACCUCAAGAAGAAGGAGCAGGAGGAGAUGGCCGAGCUGCGGCGACUGAGACGCGAGAACUGCCUGCUGAAGCAGCGCAACGAGCUGCUGGAGGCCGAGAGCGCCGAACUGGCCGAUCGCCUGGUGCGUGGUCAGGUCUCCCGAGCUGAGGAGGAGGAAACUAGCUAUGCCAUUCAGACGGAGCUGAUGCAGCUGCGCCGGUCAUACUUGGAGGUCUCGCAUCAGCUGGAAAACGCCAACGAGGAGGUGCGCGGCCUGAGUCUUCGGCUGCAGGAGAAUAACGUAUCCAUCGACAGCAAUAACUCCCGGCAGUCGUCCAUUGACGAGCUCUGCAUGAAGGAGGAGGCGCUGAAGCAGCGCGACGAGAUGGUCUCCUGUCUGCUGGAGGAACUGGUGAAGGUGCGUCAGGGACUGGCCGAAAGCGAGGAUCAGAUCAGGAACCUCAAGGCCAAGGUGGAGGAGCUGGAGGAGGACAAGAAGACGCUGCGGGAAACGACGCCAGACAAUUCGGUGGCUCAUCUGCAGGAUGAACUGAUUGCUAGUAAACUUCGCGAGGCCGAGGCCUCGCUUUCGCUAAAGGAUCUCAAGCAGAGGGUGCAGGAGCUGAGCAGCCAGUGGCAGCGUCAGCUGGCCGAGAAUCAGCGCAGCGAAAGCGAACGCACCACCAACGCUGUGGACUCGACGCCCAAGAAGCUGCUGACCAACUUCUUUGACAGCUCCAAGAGCAGCGAGCACACGCAGAAGCUCGAGGAGGAGCUGAUGACCACGCGCAUACGCGAGAUGGAGACGCUCACCGAGCUCAAGGAGCUGCGGCUCAAGGUCAUGGAGCUGGAGACGCAGGUCCAGGUGUCCACCAAUCAACUGAGGCGGCAGGACGAGGAGCACAAGAAGCUGAAGGAGGAGCUCGAAAUGGCCGUGACCCGGGAGAAGGACAUGUCCAACAAGGCGCGUGAACAGCAACACAGAUACUCGGAUCUGGAAUCUCGCAUGAAGGAUGAGCUGAUGAAUGUGAAAAUCAAAUUCACCGAGCAAAGCCAAACGGUGGCUGAACUGAAACAGGAAAUUUCCCGACUUGAGACCAAGAACUCGGAAAUGCUCGCCGAGGGCGAACUGCGCGCGAAUCUGGAUGAUUCGGACAAGGUGCGCGACCUGCAGGACAGGCUGGCCGACAUGAAGGCGGAGCUGACGGCAUUGAAAAGUCGUGGCAAAUUUCCGGGCGCCAAACUGCGCAGCUCCUCGAUCCAAUCGAUCGAAUCGACCGAGAUCGACUUCAAUGAUCUGAAUAUGGUGAGGCGCGGGAGCACGGAGCUCUCCACAUAACCUACAGACGGAUCAGAUCUAGCAUAUCCUAACCAACCAAUAGCCACAACCAGGAGAAAAGCAGCGAGUGAGAGGGCAGUACAGGAUACACCCAAAUCUAUAUGGGUGGGUAAAAGUUGGAGGCGAUUUAUAUAUAUUUAUAUAUAUAUAUAUAUACAUAUAUGAGGGGCCUGUGAUCAUGAAACGGAAACGGAAAGGGAAGUAGUAGCAUCGAGUGGAGGGAGAAGUAGGAGGAGGAAGAGGGCAGAAUAGUUGCAAUCCCAUUACAAUAUUAGUUAUGUAUAAUAUUCGUUAAAAUUGUACUACUACUAUUACGAUAUGUGGAUAUUUUAUUACGAUUAUUAUAAUCAACUUUUUUUUUUGCAAUAUUUUUAUUACUGUUAUGUUUUGCAAUCGAAACACACUCAUAUUUAUUUAUUUUAAAUCCUAAUUGAAACGAUAUUGUGAGAGUAUUUUACACCCCUGUACAUUAAUCAAUACGGAAACUAAUCCGAUUCGAUGCGAUGCGAUGGAUUGGAGUUAGGAGAUUGGCAUUUUGAUAUCCCCUAGAUGUAUGGCACAUAUGCAAUGCAAUGAAUUUUAUGUAAACCCCCUGAGGAAAAAACAAAACCAUUUCCCAACCCACGCAUCCUGUGAACCACUUUUAAUGUAAGUUUUAAGCGAAUCCAAUUGUUCUUGGCUACAAACAAAAAAAACAAAACGAUUUUAAUCAACACCCACACCUGUUUAAAGUGUGCGGAAUAUGCUUGGUUUAUCCACAAGAUUUGUAUUAUGAUUUCAUCCCUGUAGAAUGAUAUUAACACUCAAACACAUAGUUGUCUGGAAUGAAUUUUGUAACUCUCGUAUAGUAAGCUAAACCAAUCUAAAUCUAAAACGAUAACUAAAAUAAAACCAAGUGCGAAAGACAAAGUAACAAGCGUGGCCAAAUGCAGGAUGAGAAACUGAGAAACCAAUAUAUAACUAUUAAAAAUAGUUUAAAACGAUAUGUGAAAGAACCACGAGAAAGGGGCCCACAAUUUCCCCCGUUUAAGAACGAUAUUACGAUAACGACUACGAUAUUCACACUACUUACGAUAUUCUACUUAGUUAACAGUAGCGCUUGUCAUUAUCCCCAAAACAAACAAAAUACAAUUAUAUGAUUUAUAUGGUUAAUUUAACCCAUAUUUGGCAGCUUCGAACGAUUAACAACAAUUAUUCACAAACAAUACAAUUAUUCAGGUUGAACCAUGUUUUCCAUGUGCAAUAUUAUACAUUUACUUUCGCUUCAAUUGCGUUUCGUAUUCUAUGACAAUUUUUUAUUAUCAUUUGUUAGCAUGACGUCCUCAGUGCUUAGGUUUGUUACUUAUCGCAACUAAGACCUAUUAACUUAAUUAACUUAAUUUUUUGUAAUUCCAUUGAUUUGCCCAUCAUGACAAACCGAUUAAAAAAACAGCGAGAGAAAUAAGAGAUCUAUGUAAAAGUAGGAUUCGUAGCUUGUAAGAAUGUCGAAAAUGAUGUCACAAAACUUUGUUAUGUAAACACUAAGUAUGUAUGUAAUGCUUAAGUUUUGUUCCCGACUUUGGCAGAACUAUUAGAAUUUUUUGUUCUACGCGAUAAUUAAUGAUUAUGUAAUGUAUGUACCACAUUUAUAUAUAUAUAACGAUAUGUUUGCGGCUAAAAGAGGAGGCUGCUGGGGGAGGGGCAGUAUUAACAAUCAGCAGCAGUUAACAGACAUUUAAAUAUAGCAAACAUUCCCGAGAAAGUCAAAUUUCCCCCAAGAAAAGAAAAGAUGUGAAAGAUAAGCAAAUUCAUUCAAAUUCCCCCCAACAGCCUUGAGUCUUAAAAAAUUGGCAAGUCUAGAGUUAAUUGCGUAUUAUGUUAUGGCAAGCGAAGGCACAAAUUAUACGAUAUCUAAAAUAGUUUAUACAAAUUUA